AUGUCAGAGUUCAACGAGUCUUCUCUGCCAUUGACUCCAAUUCGACUUCCUACCUCGGCCCCGUUCCCCGUGAUUAUAUCCUCCAUCUUAAUUAAUGAAGGUGAUUCUGUGGAAAAGCACAAGACUAUAUUCAAGUAUAAAUACUGGGAUUACCAAGAUGAUCCCAAGUCUACUGAGGAGCCACCCAAGAAAGUCAGAGUUGAACGAAUAGGUACCUUUGAAAGUCCUGUCACUGGAGAAAUUGACAAAAUUAAUAUAAACAUCUUGGAUACAGUAACCGACUCCAGCGUGGAAAUAUGUACCAUUAAAGAACCAUGCACCCAUACAGUUCAAUAUGGUGGGUUAUGUGCAUUAUGUGGCAAAUCCCUUGAAGAUGAACGUGAUUAUUCCGGGUAUAAUUACGAAGAUAGAGCCACUAUUUCCAUGGCUCAUGACAACACUGGAUUAAGAAUUAGUCUUGAUGAAGCCACAAAAAUCGAACAAUCGACUACUGACAGAUUAACUGAAGAAAAGAAGUUGAUCUUAGUGGUUGAUCUAGAUCAAACAGUCAUACAUGCCACAGUGGACCCUACUGUAGGAGAAUGGCAACUGGACCCUUCCAACCCCAACUACCCAGCGGUUAAGGAUGUGAAGUCGUUCUGCCUUGAAGAAGAUCCAAUCACUCCUCCUAAUUGGACCGGACCAAAAUUAGCGCCUACAAAAUGUUGGUACUACGUGAAAGUCCGCCCUGGAUUAGCAGAGUUCCUCGAACAGGUAUCAAACAAAUAUGAAAUGCAUAUUUAUACUAUGGCCACUCGAAACUACGCCCUUGCCAUUGCCAAUAUCAUUGACCCCGAGGGCAAGUAUUUCGGGGAUAGAAUCUUGAGUCGUGAUGAAAGUGGAUCAUUAACUCACAAGAAUUUGAAACGAUUGUUCCCUGUGGAUCAAUCCAUGGUGGUUAUAAUCGAUGAUCGUGGUGAUGUCUGGCAAUGGGAAAGCAAUUUAAUCAAAGUUGUUCCAUACGAUUUCUUUGUCGGUAUCGGGGAUAUCAAUUCUAGUUUCCUUCCAAAGAAAAACGGGCAAAUCACGGGUCCAACCAAGAAGCGAAAAUCAAUUGCAAAAUUAGAAGCCCAGCAAGCAGGCCCAGUCGCUUCGGAAACUGAAGAAGAUGUAUUACUGGAAGUAGACUAUAGUGAAAACAACACCCCUGCCACGACUACUCCACUCACGUCAUCACCUGUGGAAAGAAUCUUGGAACUUGGUGGUGGUGAAGAUAAUGCUAAUUUGUUAUUAGAGCAAUCGAUCUCGCGGAACCAGUCUAUCGAGCAACAGCAGCACGACCGUCCAUUGGCAAAAUUGCAACAUGAUUUAGAAGCAUUACAUCAACAACAUCAUCACGAAGAAAACAAUAUCAAUGAAGUAGAAGACGAGGAAUCUGAAGAUGAAAACUUAUUAUAUGAUGAUGAUAAUGAAUUGAACUCACUCAACAAAGUCCUUGCCAAUAUCCAUGACGCAUACUAUAAACAAGCCAACUCUAGCAAACCCGAUCUCACCGAAAUCAUACCGAGCUUGAAAAGCAAAUGUCUUGAAGGAAUUACUCUUUUGUUCUCAGGAAUCAUCCCGUUGGGAGUGCCACUUGACUCGGCUGAUAUCGUUAUUUGGGCCAAGCAAUUUGGUGUGAAAGUAGUCAAUGAAGUAUACCCCGAAGUUACCCAUGUUAUUUGCCGAGAUAUCACUCCGGAAUCAGGACCUACUUUCAAAGCAAGAGCCGCUCAUCACUUAUAUCCGGACACAAUCAAGAUCGUUAACCCCGAUUGGUUAUUUGCAUGUUUAAGCACAUGGAGCCGAGUGGAUGAAACAGAAUAUUUACUCUCUACCACAAACGCAAAGACAUGGCUAGUAAACAAUAAAGAUGUUGAAAAAUACCAGAAGAUGUUAGAAGAGAAUCGAGAACGAGAAUUGAAUUUAAUGGACAUGUCAAGAUUUGAUGAUAUUGAAUCAUUUGAAGAGUACGAUUUGGAUGAAGCUAAUCAAGAAGUUGAUGAUUUCUUGGCUGGGUUAAGUGAAGAUGAGGAUGACGGAGAAGGUUUCAACGAUCAAGAGGAGGAUGAAGAAAAAGCUGAUUCCGAAGAACCGGAAGUUAACGAAAGUAAUGGUAGUGGCCAUGAUACAUUUAUUCAAGAAGCAUACAGCAAGAAAAGAGCCCUUGGAGAUGAUGAACCGACCCCAAUCAAGAAGCUUAAACAGGAUAUCCUGCCGGAAGAUGACCUUGAAGAAUUAGAACAAGAAUUAGAACAAGAAUUACUUGAAGGAUUUGACGAUUUAGAAGAAUAA